GAGUACGUGAAUUACGUCCUGACCUACGGAGGCGAGAAUUCAUUGAAGAGAACAUUGACCGACAGUUUAGAGCUGGUGUCCUCCAUCAACGUCAUGACGGACUUCAACGGUGGAGGCAUGAGCUUCUUCCUCACCAUCAGGCUCACGCCCAGCGGUCGCGAGCACCCCGAGCUGGUGCUGGACGUGUUGUAUUCCUACCUCGCGGCGGUGCGCCGAGUGGGAGUGGAUGCGACACUGUACGCGUCUCUGGCCGACUUGAUGAGGCUCAACUGGGACUGGGCGCAGCCGUCGCACGGGAAGGACGCGGUGACGGACUUCGCGGAGCGCUUGACGCAGCUGCCCGUGGACCAUCUUCUCUCAGGCAAUUCUCGAAUCGACGCUCCAGACACGAACGUUGUAGAGGAGCUCCUGAACCAGCUCCGGCCCGAGAACAUGAACGUUCUCCUCGUAGACCCGAACGCGACAACAAGCACUGCCUUCAGCUCGAACGAGGUCCGAGUGCUGCCCCACUACGGGGUCCAGUACACCGUUCAGGACACCAGCAACGUCGUGGGGUCUGGCGCCAUCAAGCGUUGGACCACGUGGCUGGACAGGACGCCUGAGUCGCAGAUCGCCAGGGAGAUGAAUGACCAGGCUGGCAUGCGAGGGCUUCUGAGAAGUCCCGCCGCCUUCUGGAAAAGCUCUCUCCUUCUCACUUCCCCCCUCGCUCGCCGCCGACAGGACACGCGAGUCGUCCCUGCAAGGGCACGGGCCGGUUGGCGGCCUACAAGGGGCGGCCGUGGCCGCUCACUCCAUCAGCCUAUUGCUUGGCAUCGCUCGGGCAUGUGUGUUUUUUCUCGAGGGGGACCAUCGAGGAGCCUUUUUGGCCAUCUCGCGAAGAAAUAG